AUGUCCGUCACACUACACACGUCGCACGGCGACAUUAAAGUCGAAAUCUACUGCGAAAGCGUCCCCAAAACUGCAGAGAACUUUCUCGCUCUCUGCGGCUCCGGCUACUACGAUCAAUCACCAUUCCACCGAGUUAUCCCCAAAUUCAUGGCCCAGACCGGUGCGCCCGCAACGCCCAACCCCCCCGAGAACCCCAAAGGCGGCCGCAGUAUAUGGGGAGGCGCGUUCGAAGACGAGAUCCGACCUGCGUUGCGACAUGGCGCACGAGGUGUGCUGUCAAUGGCGAACAAGGGACCUGGAACCAACGGAUCGCAGUUCUUUGUCACGUUCGACAAGGCGCCACAUCUGGACGGGCUCAACACUGUGUUCGGACGCGUAAUUGGAGACGAGGGCAUGGCGACGUUGGCCAAGAUGGAGAGUGUCGAGAUUGAUCGGAAGAACAGACCGAAGGAGCCAGUUCGCAUCGAAAAUGUGACAAUCCACGCCAAUCCUCUUGCUGGCUGA